AGGUCUGCUGCAUUUCAAUGGCUGUUAUAAAGCUUCUCGCGAGCAGUAAAUGCAGUCGAUCUGGGACAGCUGCCGCACCACCACAGCCAAACACAGACGCCAGCGAAAUGAAUGGGAAAAGCCGAUUGCAGCAGGCCCAGGACGAUGCGGAGGAGGUGAAGGACAUCAUGCUGGACAACCUGAGCAAGGUGGAUGAGCGAUCUGGAAAACUGGGUGACCUGGAAGACAGAGCUGAUGAGCUGUUAAGAAAGAGUAGAGCGUUUGAAAAGAAAUCCAACCAGGUGAAGGAAAAAACAAGAUGGAAAAAUAAGAAGGUGAAAAUAGCCUUAAUUGCAGUUGCAGUGGUCGUGGCCCUCAUCGUAGUUGGAAUCAUCAUAUACACUGCAACAUAGCACACUCCUGCCUGCCUGCCUGGAUGGAUAGAUGGACGCAAAGUGAGAAAAUGGGACUGUGCAACCUGAUGUGGACUAAGAUAAAAUGUCUAGGAGCAUUUUGCUUGAAUGGUGAUGUCUGUGCUUGCUCUGCAUUUAGGUAUAUUUAUGGGACUAUCUGUCAGUCUCGCUCAUUGGUAAGAGAUUAUGGUACCAUUAAUAGCUGCUUCUUUUCUUUUUCCACAAUUUGUUCGAUUAUGUUGCAUCCAGCCCAUGUUGAAAAGAAAGAUGCUAACUUUGACAACUUUAACCAUAGUUUGUUACGGACCUGUAUCAAUUGUCCCCACCUAUGUAGAAAAUAGAUUUUUAUUUUGAAUGAAACACUGUUUACUGUACUGAAUUUUUGUAAGUUAAGUAACUCCCUGCAUAAAAUGUCGACACCAA